GCUUUAUUCACUAAUUUUCAAGAUGUCUGACCGCAAGCUUUGUAUGAUUCCCGGCCCUAUCGAGUUCCACGAGGAUGUCUUGACAGCCAUGAGCACCCCUGCUACUUCCCACGUUGAUCCUCUCUUUGUCCCUAUCUUUGGCGAGUCCAUCGAGAUGAUUCGUGAGGUUGUUGUCUCCAAGGUCGCUCAACCCUUGAUUUUGUCUGGCUCAGGAACCCUUGGAUGGGAUCAGAUGGUCAACGUAAUUGAACAGGGAGACGAGGUUCUUGUCCUGAACACUGGUUACUUUGGUGAAAACUUUGCUGACUGUCUCAAAACAUACGGCGCCAAGAUUACCCAGUUACGUGCCCCUGUUGGUUCCCGCCCAACUUUAGACGAGGUCACAACCGCUGUCAAGGAAAAGAAGUACAAGAUGGUUACAAUCACUCAGGUCGAUACCUCGACUGGUGUUUUGUCUGACAUCAAAACUUUGUCUUUGGCUAUUAAAGCCCUGUCCCCUGAGACUUUGGUUGUGAUUGAUGCUGUGUGCGCUGUUGGAUCUGAGGAGAUCCAGUUUGAUGCCUGGAAAUUGGAUGUUCUCAUCACCGGCUCCCAAAAGGGUCUCGGUGUCCCCCCUGGACUUUCCAUCGUAGUUCUCAGUGAGCAGGCUAUUAACAUCUAUGAGAGCCGCAAGACUCCUGUUGCUGCUUACUACUCUAACUGGAAGAAGUGGCUUCCCAUCAUGAAGGCUUACGAAGCUCGCAAACCUGCUUACUUUGCCACCCCUGCUGUCCAGCUUAUCUAUGCUCUCCACACUUCUCUUAAGCAGAUCACCAGCCAGCCUAUUGAAAAGCGCUGGGCUAAGCAUCAAGAGGUCGCUGCUAAAUUCCGCAAGGCCGUUAAGGAUCUUGGUCUUAAGCAGGUUGCUGUUACUGAUGAUGCUGCUGCCAACGGUAUGACUGCCGUCUGGCUUCCCGAGGGUCUUGUUGCCGGUCAAUUGGUUGGAUCUCUCGCCGGAAAGGGCGUACAGAUUGCCGGUGGUAUUCUUGGUGAUCUUUCACCAAAGUACUUCCGUGUUGGUCACAUGGGUAUUUCUGUUAUGGAGCGCAACCACAUUGACAAGGUUAUCAAGGCCAUGACUGAGUCCUUGGCUGAACUCGGAUACAAGCAGUAGUUAGAUUUCCCUAUAUUUUUUAUUACCAUAUCGUUUUUCAUCCAUCAUUAAAACACUCUUGCUUUGGCAUGAAAAAUAAUUCACAGUC